AUGAUCAAAAUGCUCAUUACCAAGACUAUUUAUUAUAAUACCGUUGUUUCUGAAAUUAUCGAUUGGGUAAUGAUACUGUUGGUUAUUUGCAGAAUGUUGGUGGCAGCACUGUUGUGCUGCUGCUUCAUAACGCUGUCAAUCAGUUCGUCAAACAUGGCUGUAGCGCUAAUUUGCAUGACAUCGUCACCACUUCAUGGAUACGGUGGUGAAUUGGAAUGGAAAAGUGAGGAGGAAGGUAUGGUUUUGGCUGCGCAAAACGCUGGAUCAUUGUUGAUGGUUGUCACCGGUCUAUGGGCAGAUCGGGUUAACGGCAAAUGGAUGGUCGGCGGUAGUUUGGUGUUAUGCGCUGUUGCAAACGCUGUACUGCCGAUGAUGGCUCGAGAAAGUUUUCUGUAUGCUGUAUCAGCGAGAAUAGCUGUUGGUGCUGCAGAUGCCUGCCUGACACCGGCAGCAAACUCGUUGAUUACUCGCUGGUUCCCACAGUCCGAGAGAGCUGCAGCAAUUGGAAUUACCACCGGUGGACGACAAAUAGGAACAUUAUUCAUCCUUCCAACAGCCGGAUAUUUAUGUACCAGGAAAGAUAUUCUUGAUGGAUGGCCAGCAAUUUUUUAUCUAAGUGCAGCAAUCGGCUUACUCGUUGCUCUGUUUUGGCUACCAAUGGGUGCCGAUAAACCGGCAAAGCAACUAUGUAUUUCACAGCAGGAACGACUAUUCAUUGAAAGCAGGAUUGCCUGUGAGUCGAUUGGAAAACGAACGGCUCCACGUCGUAUUCCAUGGGGGGCUAUAAUACACUCAUCAACAGUUUGGGCUGGUAUAUUCGCCUUAGUUUGCCACGAAUAUCCAUUGUUCCUGCCAAAUUAUAUGCGUGAUAUUUUACAAUUUGCACCAGCAAAGAACGGAAUUAUUUCGGCUCUACCAACGGCUUGUUUAUUUAUCAGUAAAACACUAUCAUCAAGCCUUUCAACUUGGUUAACCGUCAACACCACUUGGAGCAAGACUAAAAUUUGCAAGGUGUUCAAUGCCGUUGCUUCCGCUGGCUUGUCGCUGUGUGUUAUUGCUGUCCCACAAUUCAACAAAAACGCUUCAUUUCUUGCAGUAGUUGCAUUGUGCGGCGCAAUGCUUUUCGCAGGAUUACAUACACCCGGAGUACAAACAGCACUCGUCCAACUCGCCCCACCAUUCUCUGGAGUUAUUACCGGUUUAUCAUUCUUUGCCGUUGCUUGGUUCAGCAUAGCCAACAAAUUGUUAACAAAAUAUAUUGUACAAAAAGGAAGUAUAGAAGAGUGGUCUGCAGUAUUUUAUAUAUCGGGCGUUGUCGCUGCUUUGCCCGUUGUAGUGUUCACAAUUUGGGGCUCCGGUGAACGACAGUGGUGGUCAGCUCCAAGCACGAAAACUUCCAUGCACAGUCUAAACACACAGGGAACAACAGCAUCAAAUUAA